ACGUCACUCCUUAUAACCAGGAAGUGGUAGCACGUGCCUUUCCCGAAAGAAAAAAAAAUUAGAUAAAACAAUCCUGUCAGCUUGUGAGUACGUCACAGGCGCGAGCCGGGUAUCCAACGGCCUUUUAAUAUAAUUAAAAGGUCCACGCACUCCUCACGCUGCUUGUCUGCUCGACCCUCCAGUCUGCAACAUUCCCUGUCGGCUACACCUGGGACCAACAUGGCCUGUCUUCCAGCCCUCUUCAAAUACGUAGACGAGCAUCAGGAGGAAUACAUCCAGCGGCUGGCCCAAUGGGUGGCUGUACAGAGCGUGUCGGCAUGGCCAGAGAAGCGUGGGGAGAUCAAGAAGAUGAUGGAGAUGGCGGCCAAGGAUAUUGAGAGGCUGGGAGGCACCGUGGAGGUGGUUGAUAUCGGUAUGCAGAAACUGCCUAGUGGAGAAGAAAUCCCCCUGCCUCCUAUCAUUCUGGGUCAGCUUGGUUCUGAUCCAUCAAAGAAGACUGUGUGCAUCUACGGCCAUCUGGAUGUUCAGCCAGCCAAUACUGAGGAUGGCUGGGACACAGAACCUUUCUGCUUGGUGGAGAAGGAUGGGAAGCUUUUUGGAAGAGGCUCCACAGAUGACAAAGGACCAGUCCUGGCAUGGUUUAACUGUAUCGAGGCCUAUCAGAAGACCCAACAGGAGCUGCCAAUCAACAUUAAGUUCUGCUUUGAAGGUAUGGAGGAAUCUGGGUCUGAAGGGCUGGACCAGCUGGUUUUUGCUCGAAAAGAUUCCUUCUUCAAGGGUGUGGACUACGUGUGCAUCUCCGAUAACUAUUGGCUGGGGAAGACCAAGCCCUGCAUUACAUAUGGCCUGAGGGGUAUCUCUUACUUCUUCCUAGAGAUGGAAUGCUCUGACAAGGAUCUUCAUUCUGGAGUGUUUGGUGGUUCUGUACAUGAAGCCAUGACAGAUCUGAUUACAUUGAUGGGUUGUCUUGUGGGUAAGAAGGGCAAAAUCCUGGUCCCUGGAAUAUAUGAUGAUGUGGCACCGCUUUCACCGGAGGAAAAGAAUCUGUAUGAGAAGAUUGACUUUGACAUGGAGGAGUACUGCAAGGAUGUUGGGGCCUGCAAGCUGCUACAUGAUACCAAAGAGCAAAUCCUUAUGCAUCGUUGGAGAUACCCUUCCCUUUCUCUCCAUGGCAUCGAGGGUGCUUUUUCUGAUGCUGGAGCCAAGACGGUUAUCCCCCGCAAGGUUAUUGGCAAGUUCUCCAUCCGCCUGGUCCCUGACAUGGAUCCUAAGAAGGUGGAGAAGCAGGUGAUUGGCUACUUGGAGAAGAAGUUUGCUGAGCUCGAGAGUCCCAACAAGCUGAAGGUGUAUUCGGGUCAUGGUGCAAAGGCCUGGGUGUCGGACUACAAUCACCCCCAUUACAUGGCCGGCAGAAAGGCUAUGAAGACAGUGUUUGGGGUGGAGCCAGACCUGACCCGUGAGGGCGGCAGCAUCCCAGUCACUCUGACCUUCCAGGAGGCCACUGGCUGCAAUGUUAUGCUGCUCCCGGUGGGCUCCUCUGAUGAUGGUGCACACUCGCAGAACGAGAAACUCAAUCGGUAUAACUACAUCCAAGGCAUCAAGAUGCUGGGUGCUUAUUUCCAUGAAGUUUCUCAGCUUGAGUAAUGCGACCAGCUUCACAUUCCUUAACAGCCAUAAAUAAAAUAAUAAUGGACUAUAUUCUUCUCACGGCUGUGAAUCAAUUUUCAUUUGAGAAGAAAUAGUUAAAUGUCAUAUCAAGUUGUCAGCAGUAAACACUGUUACUGCCUGUAUGCUAGAUCUGCCUGCCUAUGGCAAGGUGAAAAGGUGGACCAGUGCAUGUAAUCACAAGGGAAAGGAAGUCACUCUUUUCUGUAAUAAACGCUUAUCAACCUUUGUCCUCACUUACCAAUGUGUAUGCUGGUUAUUGUUGCAGCUCAUCUCUUUAUUAAGCUUUUUGGUUAUUUUGAUGGUUCAAAUAGUGUCAAACUGAACACACUGUCCAAAGGAUGGAGCUCCUGUAUGUAUGAGUUUUGAUCAGGUUUUUUGAGUGAUACCUGCAGAGCUCAAAUUAAGAAGUAUACUUAUAAGCAUGGUGGGACCAGAGCUAAACACCACUCAGCUAUAUGUUCUGUUCUAAUAACAUUACAUAAGUUUUACACUUACUAUAUUUGUCUGUGUUAUUAUUCAUUAUCAAAGUGAAAUUUUUUUUGUUCCUCAUUUUGUAGUAGUGGCUCUCUGUUCUCAGAAGCAGUGCUUUCCUGAGUGGUAUGUUGAGGUUUUAGCAGUGGUUUACUGAGACUGAAUGAAUUUGGAACCCUAACAUGAUCUGUAAUGAUUAAGUUUUACCUCCUGUUUUGUCAUCUUUUCACUGUGAAACCAGAAGGUGAUAAUAAACUGACAAAAUU